GGGAUAGUACUCCUAACCUCCUUGAAUCCCUGCGUUGUGGGUAGAAUACACGCUGUACUUAAAAAAUACUACAACACAUUUUGUUACAGACAAGUGUCUUUUUUUUUUACAAGUAUGGGGAAUAAUAAUAGUCAUUCCUCUUUUGAGUCAGACGAUCAUGGAGGCGUUACGUUUGUGAAGGGCAUUCGGCUUUCUGAUAAAGUCAUUGACCGAAUGAGGGAGUCACCAAGAAAGGCCUGUCCACGGCCAGGUCAAAAAGCUGCCUCCACACCCCAUGCUGUGCCUGCUUCUCCCCAACCCAGACUCACACCCAUACCCACUGCUGAACGACUGGUCCCAGUUUUGCCUCAGUCUCCUCAUUUUGUGAGCACUCUACUGCCUCCUCCACUUAUCAAGCCAGUGCCAAUCAUUGAAACACUGCCAAGCCCUCCCCUCCAACAUUCCUUUGAGGAAGUCAAAACACAGUCCCCGAUACCACCUAAAGAGCAGCGGUCAAUAACUCCCACAACUCCUGCAGAAGGCAAAGUGGAGCCUACACCAUCAGUAAAAGAAGUUGUAGCCUCACCAUCUUCACUUCCAGAAUCAGUUGUCAGCUCUUCACCCACACCUGUAACUGAAGCCAUUCCCUCACCUGUUCAGGCGACACGUAAAGUUGUUUCUACUGAACCUGUAGCCUUACCACCCUCUCCACCUGUUGAUGUGCCAACCUCAACAACGCCUUCAUUGGUUGUAACACCCAUCCCUCCUCCUCCAGUUGAGCGUGUGGCUGAAUUUCUACCUUCACCUGAGCCUAAAGUCAUACAAAUGCCUUCUGUUGAACCUACAAUUGUGCCUGUGGAAUCCGAACCUUUACCUACACCUCCUGUUGAACCUUUGAAUGUACCCUCUCCUUCAACUGAGUAUGUUAACGAAUCUCUUCCUGCACCUGAGCCUAAAGUCAUACAAAUGCCUUUUGUUGAGCCUACAGUUGUACCUGUAGCUAUGGAACCUGAACCUUUACCUACACCACCUGUUGAACCUUUGAAUGUUUCUUCUCCUUCAGUUGAGCGUGUCACUGACUUUCUACCUACACCUGAGCCUGAAGUCAUACAAAUGCCUUCAGUUGAACCUACAGUUAUACCUGUAGCUGUGAACCCUGAACCUUUAUCUACACCUCCUGUUAAUCUUUUGAACGUGCCCUCUCCCUCCGCUGAAGCUGAGACUCCGUCUACACGGCCAUCCAAAGAGCCUAUAGUCAUACCACAACCUUCAGCUGAUGAACUUGUAGUUGUACCCACACUUCCCACUAUUGAGCCUGUAGCUGAACCCACUCUUGUUCCCGCUGGACCUGUCGCUGAACCUGUACCUCCAGUUCAGCCCCUAGAUAUACAAGUCCACCUUGUGGAACCAACAAACGUACCCGCACUUCCGGUUGAAGCUAUUGCUGCACCUGAGCAUUCUGAAGACUCUGUUAUACCCGUAUCCCACCCAGUUGAACCUGUAGUCACACACACGUGCCAUCAUGAACCUGUAGCUGUGUCUUCCCCGACUGAAACUACAGGCACGGCUGCUGAGGCCAUUUUUUCACCAGUGCCUUCUGCUCCCACACCUCUACCUAUUACAGAAGAAACUGAGGCAAUUGCUAUGCCCUCACCCUCUGUAGUGCCCUCAGUCCCGCUGCUUGCCCUGGAAGACCAUGCAGAUAUGCUUCCAAACCCUUCAGCUGCCACUCCUCCUGCCAGUGGACUAUUAGCCUUGCAAGCAGGAUCAGAUAGUCCACCUCCCCCACCUGAGAGGCCUGUGGACACCCAUCCAAUCCCCUCCCUCCUUGAUACCAUGAGCCCUCCCCCUCAGCUACCUCCUCCUAAAACACCUGUGGUCAAUGAAGGUGAAUUGAGAACACAAAUCAAAGGUGAACUACAGAGACUACUGGAGCAGGAGAUGAGCCAAGCACAAUUAAGGAUUCAGAAACAAUUAGAAGAGGAGAAACUCCGAGCCAGGGCCCUCGCUCAGGUGGCUGCUCAGGCCCAGAUCCAGGAGCAGGUAAAGAAGGUGUUGGAUGAGGAGAGGGCUGCCCACCAGAAGUCCUUAAAAGAGACCAUCAUGAAGGAGCGCAUGAACACUGAGGAUGAGCGCCUUAUUGCCCAGUAUUAUUGGUUGGAGCGGAAGGCUCAGAAGCUGGAGGAGAGAGAUCAAGACCUGAAGAAACAAGAUGUCCUUUAUAGGGAGCAGAUCAACAAGCUGGAAGAGAAGAGUACGCUAUUUUACAAGGUCACUAGUGAGAACUUCCGCAAGGGGAAAGAGGAUGCGCACAAUCGCUUCAAGAGAGUUCAGAUUAAACCUGCUUGUUCUGAGCUGCAAGAACAGAUAAUGAAGUGUUAUAAGGACAACCAAGGCCAGACCUUAGCCUGUUCCAAUAUCGCCUCACUCUACAUUCAAUGUGUGGACAAAGCCAAACAAAAAGCGAAGACGAGUAUUGGGGCGUAAACCUGAUAAAUCUCAGGAUGGCAGCAGCAUCCAUAUACAAUCCAACAUGUCCUAAAGUGAGAUCAAGCCAUAAGAGACCGUUUACAGUGUACUCUUUUUCUGAACAGGAUCUCCAAUACAAAGGUUUCAAUGCUCUUAACAAUCCACUGUGUAGUGACAAAACCUGUAGAUUUGUGAAGGCCCUGUCGGGGACAUAGGCCAUGCAAGACAAGAACUGGAAACAUUGUAGUUUGUUGACUCUUCAUGUUCCACAAAUGCAUUGUUAAUGUACACAGUAUUGCACCACCAACCCAGAAGUUAACUACAGGAUGUUCACACUGCUCAUAUGGCGGAGGACUGAAUUAUCAGAAUUGCAAUAAUUGUACAAUCACUUAACAAAUUUGCAAUCAACAAAAUGCCAAGGGUUAGGUGGAUGCAUGCUGAUUUUAAAUCUUUAUAAUUUGAAUUACAGUAUGAAUGUGAAGCCAAAUAAAAGGGAAAAUUCUUUAAAAUUA